CCUCUUCCUUUCUCGCGCUGAUCUCGCAGCGUGGCCAUCUGCAAAACCCCCUCUCUUGGGUGCGGGACUGUAACACAGUGGAUUAUUAAUGCCCGGAAUACAUCACACCGAGGAGAUGGAGAUCGAAACCGGCAAGAAGAAGAGAUUAUCUGAAACUCCGACACCCAAGAAGAUGAAGAGAAAAAUCCAAAAUGGGGAAGCAGAAGAACUUUGUUUUGAACAAGUGUCUAAAUUCAACGGACAGGUGAACGGAGAUUCUAAUAACGAUCAAAAGAUACCGAAACUGAAGAAAAAGAAGAAGCCUGUAGAAAAACAAAGUUCUUCUGAAGCAGAUGAGCAAUGUAAUGAGGAGCAGGAAGAAUCAGAGGCUCCAAAGUUAAAGAAAGUAAAAAAGAAAAAGCAAAAGGUUCAGGAAGAAUCAGUAAUUCAAACAGAUGUGGCUGAAGCCGAACCUCAGGUCAAUGGCAAAAAGAGUGGUAAAAAAACACAAGGAAAGAAAACCAGCGUGAACAACACUGAAGAGACUGAUGCACCCCCAAAAAAGAAAAAGAAAAUGGAAAUAGCUACUGAAACCAAUGAAGUGACCCCGGAAACUGUAACUGAGGAUGAGGAAAUUACGUUGGAGAAAAUUCAAGGCGAUUUUUCUAAGUUUCCCAUCGGAAAGGAUACUGUUGCAAAUCUAAAAGCGAAAGGAGUCACUUAUCUGUUCCCAAUUCAAUUCAAAACCUUCGACACUGUUUAUAGUGGUAAAGACGUGGUUGUCCAGGCUCGUACUGGUACAGGGAAGACCUUCUCAUUUGCAAUUCCUUUGAUUGAAAAGCUAAAUGAAGAUAAAAUUCCUUUGGCCCAUGGAAGAGCACCCAAGGUGCUGAUUCUUACUCCCACCAGAGAGUUGGCCAUUCAAAUCAAAAAUGAAAUUUGCAGCCUUUCUAAAAGGCUGAAGACCUAUGUUUUCUAUGGAGGAACACCAUACCAGCCGCAAUUAUCUGCCGUAAAUCAGGGAAUAGAUAUUCUAGUUGGAACACCUGGUCGCAUAAGAGAUCAUAUCGAGAACCAUCGGCUGGAUCUUACCACUCUGAAACACGUGGUUCUAGAUGAGGUGGACAUGAUGUUUGACAUGGGAUUUGCUGAACAAGUGGAGAACAUUUUAUCUGUCCGUUACAAAGCCGAUCCCGAGGAGAAUCCACAGACUCUUUUGUUCUCUGCAACUUGCCCAGAUUGGAUGUACAAUAUUGCGAAAAAAUACAUGAAAACGAAUUAUGAAAAGAUUGAUCUUGUUGGACACCGUAGUCAGAAGGCUGCAGUCACUGUAGAGCAUUUGGCCAUUGAGUGUAACAGAUUCCAGAAAGCAGUUGUCCUUGGGGAUGUUAUUCAGGUGUACAGCGGAAAUCACGGCAAAACAAUAGUGUUUUGUGACUCCAAAUUAGAAGCUCAUGAGUUAUCAACAAAUAAUGCUAUAAAACAGUCUGCCAAAGCGUUACAUGGAGAUCUUCAACAAAAGGAGCGUGAAGUCAUUUUGAAAGGCUUCAGAAAUGGGUCAUUUGGAGUUCUUAUUGCAACCAACGUGGCUGCUCGAGGUCUAGACAUUCCAGAAGUCGACCUGGUUGUGCUGUUUUCUGCCCCAAGGGAAGCAGAUGCUUAUAUCCAUCGUUCAGGCCGUACCGGCAGAGCUGGACGCACAGGAGUCUGCAUAUCUCUCUAUGAACCCAGAGACAGAUAUUAUCUACAAAAUGUUGAGCGGAGUACGGGAAUCACCUUCAAACGAGUCGGCAUCCCGACCACAUUAAACGUCGCCAAAUCAUCCAGUGCUGACGCCAUCAAGUCUUUGGACUCAAUCCCAGUUGAUGUCCUUGAACACUUCAAGGUGUAUGCAGAAGAACUGAUUGAGAAGAAGGGCGCUGUGGAAGCUUUAGCAGCAGCAUUGGCUCAUAUUUCUGGAGCCUCAUCACUCAAACAAAGAUCACUUCUGAACAUGGAUCCGGGCUAUGUAACCAUAAUUUUACGGAGUUCAAUCACCAUCCAUUCGCUGUCCUAUGUCUGGCGUACAAUUAAGGAGCAAAUGGGAGAGGAAUUUGAUUCGCAGGUUCACAGAAUGUGCCUUCUGAAGGAUUCCAAGGGGGUGUGUUUUGAUGUUGCCCUGGAAACACUUAAGAAUUUGCAAACAACCUGGGACAACUCUAGGCGCUUCCAACUCUCUGUGGCAACGGAAUUACCUGAACUUCAAGAAUCCAGGAGAGAUGCAGAUAACUCGCGUGGAAGGGGUUUUGGAGGCAGAGGGAGAGGAGGGCGAUCAUUUGACAGACGCAACAGGAAUUCAUCACAGAGAGGCGGGAACAGACGAGGAGGACCUAGAAGGGGACGCUGAAAGACUUCAACAAUUUAACUUUCAAACUUGCGGGGACCUGCAUUGCACCUUGAGUUUUACAUUGAGGACAUAACUAAAACUGCCACUUAUUUUUAUGCCCAAUUGACCUGUGUAUUCCUACCAUUAUUAAAAGCCUAUUAGUGGAA